UGGUAAAAGAGUAGUCAAACAUCUACAUAUUGUACAUCAGCUUGUUAGAUUAAAAUGGUAGUGAGAUAUGUUUGUUUUCAUAUAGAAAAAAAGAGUAAAGACCCAAGUAAGGUGAGUAGAUCCAAGGUUUGGAUUGCGGGACACACUCAUGCUGAUGGCAGACCUGUGAAGCCCCAGUUUGCUGAGACUAUUGAACAAAUACAGUCACUUGACAGUCAGAUGGACUCCACAUCAGCUGCUGAUAACAUAAGGGAAGAUGCUGUGAGCAAGGUUUUGGGAAAAGACAAACCUGGACGAGUAAGGGGCUUUGGUAGAGGGAUUACAGCUAAUAAGCUAGCAUAUCUGCAAUUUAGAGACGCUAAGAUUGCAGAAAUGAAAAGUGAGAUUGAAGAGUUAAAGGGGAUGGUGCGAGAAUUAGCUGAGAAGAAGAAAAGUAAUGUUGAUGCUGAAACAUCUGAGAGUAGUGGUGGAUUCAAAGAAGGAGUCAGAGUACAAAUACUGGAUUGGAUUGAAUCAGAGGAUGUUGUUGUUGGUGAAGGAGAAUUCUGCUCUGCUGAACCGAAGUACAAAAUUGGUCGUAUACCAAUUGGUCCUAAUGCAGUGGCUAUCGUAGUUAAGUAUGCACUAAGCGCAUCAGCUUCACUCUGGAGGCCUACUACGGAUGUGUUAACUCUUGAUGAAGCUGUGGGAUACAAGAUAUCUUGGCCAAUGGAUAAAGUGAUUUUGGAUAAGGAUCCAAACUGUUCUGAAGAUUUAUCUAUGCAAAGCAAGGAAGGUGAAUAUCGAAGAUGCAAGAUAUAUGAUUGGACCAAUGAUGAGGACGAGGUCAUUGCUGAAGGUCUCGUGUGCUCUUCAAAAUCCAAAGACAUGGUUAACAACAUACCUCUGGGUCCCAAUGCUGUUAGUGUCGAAGUAGUGAAGGUGUUCAAUGAUCAAGCAUAUUUGUGGAGGCCAACCGCUGAUAUGUUCUUGAUUGGUGAUGCACUUAGCGAGAAAAUAGCAUGGCCAGUCCUAAAGGUUGAAGUCAUGCCUACACCCGCUACAGAAGUAACACCAACUAAAUGUGCAGGGAAGAAAAUAGCAUCACCUUCGAAGCCAGCCAAGAAAAAAGCAGUGAGUCCAGGCAGCACUAGUUCGACCAGAAGUCCGAAGCAGAAGUGCACUCUCUUGGAUUGCAACAACUCUGGACGUAAGGUAGCUGAAGGAAGGGUAGCUUCAACGGAUCCGAAUGAGUUGUGCCACUUUGUACCCCUAGGUCCAAAUGCAAGCAAGGUGUGGAUUGAUGUGGCUAAGAUCGGUGAUGCAAAAGUCUGGAGGCCAAAUUCAGAUUGA